AUGGAACAACAGCUCUCCAAACCAGAAAGCAAAAACAUGGAUGCGUGUCUGAGACGGCUGAAGCAAGAACUGCUGUCGAUGAAAGAAGCCGGAGAUGGCCUCCACGCUCAGAUGAAUUCAAUGAUGGGAGCCCUUCAGGAACUCAAGCUCCUCCAGGUUCAGACCGCGCUAGAAAACCUUGAUAUUUCGGGUCGGCCCAUCAACCGGGGAAUCCCCCAUCCUGCUCCACCUGCGUGUUCUGACGAAUCAGCUGCAGCAGCUUCAGCAUCAAGCACAAAUCACAUGUUGUGCUCAAGCAACACCAUGCCUGAGGAGGCCAGCCCAAGUCCAAGACCAAGUCCAAGGCCAUCUUUGAAGAGCAGAGACACCUUCAGCCGAGAUGACCACAGCCCAUCCCGAAACAGAAGCAGCCUGGGAACCUCAUCUUCCUUGGCAUCUAGCCUAGAGAGCGAGAGUGAGUCAAGUGAGAGAAGUGAAAGAAGCGCAAGAAGCGAGAAUGACCUUGAGUCUAUUCCCAGGAGGUGGUCAGGAUACAUGGCCCCACAAGUGGACUUCUAUGGACCAAUGGUGGGAAAUCCUCCACCAGAGCCCUACCCUCAGCCACAGCCUCCCCGCCGUGCUCAGGUGGUAGACCUCCCUGGGAUCCUGUACAGCCUCUCUCGAGAGGGUCCUUCAUUGGACAGCGACUACUCCCAGGAAAGCACCGACGAUGGUAGUGACUGGACUUCUUCACUCAUGAGCCGUAGCCGCAACCGUCAGCCCUUGGUACUGGGUGACAAUGUCUUUGCCGACCUCGUGGGCAACUGGCUGGACCUACCCGAGGUAGAGAGGGAGGAACUGGAAGAAGAGGAGAAGAGAAAGAGGAGAGAGGAGAGGACAGCAGAAGGUGGAGCAGACAGACCAGACACUCCAGCUCACCCUCUCCGCCUCACCCGCUCACAGGAGAUCUGCAGGAAGUUCUCACUCACCACAAAUAUCUUCAAGAAGUUUCUGCGUAGCGUUCGGCCUGAUAGGGACAAGUUGCUCAAAGAGAGGCCUGGCUGGAUGGCACCUGAGCUGCCGGAGGGCGACCUCUUCAAAAGGCCAAAGAAAAUGGUCCCAAAAAGUUCAAAAGGCAGCUUCUAUCUGCCGUUCUGGGCAAAUGGACAGCAGGGCAAAGGCAGGCCAUGUCCGCAUCUAACUGAAGCAGAGAGGAACCAACACCACUUCAACCAGUUCCACCAGCUUCACCAGCAGCCAUUUGCAGGGAUUUAUUUAGACAGGAGACAGCCAGAGACUGGUCUAGAGAAAAUGCAGCCCUUGUUUGACUACAACACAGCUGUGUGGGUCUGACAGUCAGUUUCAAGCCAACAGACUGCCAGUGAUGCCAGACUGAGUGAGUGACAGGUGCUGGAUUUAGCCUUGCUGGAAGGGAAUGAAUGAAUGAAUGCAUGAGA